CGCAAAGAGCAACCCAAACAUACUCUCACAAGGGCACCUCACGCUCCGUAUCAUCGAAAUCACGGAGGUGCUGUCUAUCAUUCGCUCAGCAUGAAGGGCGACCCCCAGUUCGUCAUUCUGAAACACCAGGCAUGGAUGAAGUCAGCAAAUUUCGAAGACACCAUCCUCGGUGCAAUCGUCAAGGAGCCUCUGAGUCCGACCACAAAUUAUGUGCCUCAAUCACCGGGCCUGAGCCAUUGCGUGCAAGACGGUUCUGCUACCGACUUCUCGAUCGACGGAGCUGGAAGCAAGUCAAACGAGUUCGUCGCUUCUUUGACCUCCAUAGGAAAUGUCAAAGUAUCCGCAAACAAAGAAGACAGCUUACAUCUGGCUGGGAAAUACGUGCGCUUCAAACGCAUUCAACAACUCGAACAAUUCUGGGCCGAUUUCAAAGAGGACACCAAUAUCAAAACCAUCGUGCCAAAAUGGGUCAAAUGCCAAGGUGACUGGCCGGUUUGCCUUGUUGUCGGUAUCAUGAUCUGCGAGGACGUCGAAUAUUGCACAGACGUAGAGGAGUCGAGCCAACGACAAGCAAGCGGUGAAGUUCCCAUCGGACACGUCGUUUUGGCAUCUACUGGCGUGAAUAUUGGCCAUGUAGUGGAUCCAAAACUUUCUGCAGAUUCGACAAAGUAUGCUGCCACUGCGUUCCGAGCCAAGAUGGGUGAAAGCAGUAUUUUCGCCGUCGAAUUGAAGAUCGUUACGACGGCAUGGUUCAGUCAGAGACUGGCGCUCAAGGAAGAUGGCCCAAAAUUUGACCGUACUCGUCUUGCUGGUACCGAGUCGAGUGAGGAAGAAGACGAAGAGGAUCGUCCCAUUGCACUGAAAGAUCUGAUCCUUGAGGACCUGGACGCUGACACCAUUAAAGACAUGACCAAGUAAUGGCCUUUGUCAACUCUCGCCUCUCAAUUUUCCUCCGAUGCAGAGUCAGAUGAAUGCCAAUCACACUUCGAGCCUAAUUUUGAAGGAUAAGGCAGAGUGGUUAAUUAGUUAGCUGUGUUGUGAUCGAGAUGAUGGUCGUCGGUGCAUCGGCACGUACUGUAGUGCCCAGUUGGACUUCGAAUCUACACAAGCGCACCUUUAAUUGGCAGCAGGGAACUACCUAACCUUAGAUCGUUCCUAAUAUAAAGCCACAACUACGAACAUGGCUACUAAAGAUAGAGCUAAACCCUCUUAAGACCUAAGUGGAGCGCGUCCCUUGUAUCCCCUAAGAGGACAGCCUACAGGGGAACACGAGCAAAGCCCGGCUUCCUAGGACGUAUCAUAAUCCAAUCCAAU